CUAUAAAACAUCGAUACAUCGAUAGCAUCAUCGGUGUUUUCCCCAUCUCUAGCUGUCGCUCAUAUAGAUUCUCAAAGAUUCUUAUUUUUCACUUGGAUUGGAAUUUAAGCUAACAACAACAAAAUGUCAUUGUCGCCGUUCCUGCGCCUGCCAUUGACCGAUUUGACCGGUUGUCUGAUCAACCAUCAAACCUACGACAAAUGCGGCCAAUUCGAAAUGAAAAUGAUGGAUUGCCUGGAGGCUUAUGGCUUGGAACGCGGCAAGAAGCAAUGCGCCGAUCUUAUUGGCGACUUCCAGGAGUGCGUGAGCAUGGAUAAGCAGCUGAAACGUUUCCACGCCAUGCGAAACGAGCGCUUCAGGCAAUGGUUGACUGGUGAACGCAAGAAGGAGAAUUUGUAUGCUGAGGCGCCACGGGUGGAUGCUUUCUAGGAAGCUACCAUAUUGGGAAAAAAUUGCAUAUGUAUAGCCGAAAUGUCGUUAAAAUAAACAAUUAUGUACAAUUUAAAAA